AUGGUUCUUCUCGAGCUUCUUACGCUACGAUUGCAUCAUUUACUGAGUGAAUUUACGGAAUUCAUUCAAACUUUUUUCUGCGCUUUUACUCUUCUUUCUCUCUUCUUUCUCUCUUUUUUCUCUCUUCUUUCUCUCUUCUUUCUCUCUUCUUUCUCUCUUCUCACACAUUAUUCGCCCGGAUGUCCGCAAUACAUUAAACGCGUGAUAACGUUAUUCCCCUCCUCUAUCCUUCUUUCUUUCUUUCUUUCUUGUUUGUUUCUUUCUCUUUCUUUCUUUCUUUCUCUUUCUUUCUUUCUUUCUUUCUUUCUUUCUUUCUUUCUUUCUUAUUAUUGCCUGUCACAGCUUCUCUUUCUUUUUAGCUAUCUUUUUCGUCUCUCCUUUGCUCUCCUCCUCAUUCCUCUCAGUUUUAGACCGUUUCCAUUCAGCUAUCUUUUGCAUUCUCUUCUUUUUUUCACUUUUCCUUCUUUUCACUUUUCCUUCUUUAGUUUUUACUCUCUCUUCUUUACUUUUGCUUUCUCCCUCUCUCUUUCUUAUCAUCUUUCCUUCCUUUUUUUCCCUUUCUUAAUUCUAUCCAAUCUGUCUGUCUGUCUCUCUCUCUCGCUCUCUCUCUCUCUCUCUCUGGCUUUUUAUUUCUCGUUGAUGCUGUCUCAGUGCAUUCUAAGUUUUGAGAGAAAGAAGUGUCAUAACAAGCGGCAUAUUGCCCAGCACGUGUCCCUCAAGCAGUGUGCAUUUCCCUUGUCCCACCCACAGUCACGAAUAUUUCUUUUAAAAAUGUUAUCCUCUUCUUCCCACCCCGAACAUUCGUAA